AUGAGAUAGUAACUAAGAGUUUAUUUCAGCUUAAGAUUGGUUGAAUAUUUCUUCCUGUUCAUUUCUGCAACGUUUCCGUAGUUCAAAUCUUUGUCAAGUAUUAAUAUUAAAGUCAUACUCUAAAGAAGGAAUUUCGAAAGGGAGAAAAGCCUUUAAUAACCUGAAGGUGUUGGGAGUGUCAAGAACUACAAUGUUUGGAUAUCUUUAAUCUGUUUAUUUGAUAGUGGAUUAGAUUUGUUUUAUUUAAUAUUUAUGUAAGACUUUAUGGACAAGCGUUGCGAUUCUGAAACCAAUCAAUUAGAAAACUCGUUUUUUGGUAGGAAUCGUCUUGCUGGGGAAGCUUUUCGAUGGUCUGAUCGGGUUUACGUCUUCGUAUAUUGUCUUGUUUUAAAUUCCAGUAUCUGCAGCAGGAUUGUUAGGAGUUGGUUCGAGCUUGAUUUAAUUAUAUUUAAUAUGAAAGUUAAUAAAAGUCAUUAAAGCAAUGUGUUUUAAUUGGCUGCAUAGAGCUCAGAGAGAAUCUAAAAGUAUAUCAAUUCAAAUCAUAACUCAAGUUUUUUAAAGAGUAUAAAAAGCGGGAGCAUACCUUUGCUUAAUCCUGAUUUGCAUGAAUUCGUGGACCGGACUCACGAGAGAACUCCAGUUCGAUAUAAGACCCAAAAAAUGAGAGCAUAGGAAGCUCAAGAUGAGUUUCUGAGGGGACAUUUGAAGGCAGGACCAUAUACGAAAUUGCCUUUGAAUAUGAGGAAUGAGAUUUUGGCCAAAGAGAAGAUGCCUCUGAGAUUCGGUAAGAAUCCAAGGACUGAGAAUUAGAGGUUGUAAGAGGAGUUGGAUCACUCAAAUUAUAUUGAUCAUACAUAAAGGGAUCUGUCAAUGGCAUAUAGACCUAAUUGGAAACCAACUCAAAGAGAGAAAUGGGUGAGUGACAGUGAUUUCAAGUAGGCUGGAGGUAAGUUUACAGAAAAAACAGCUUGGCAACAAAUACCGUUUCGUAAUCCUGAUGACAAUUAUAUAUAUAUGGAAUAAGAGAAUUCUCUGGUUGAAUUUAAGAGAAUGAGAUCAGAAGGAUUAGAAAAGAUCGGCAAGUUGCCCUUUAAUCCAGUGAUCAAGAAGAACCCCUAUACACAAUAUUCAACGAGCAUCAGGACAUUCAAACAGGAUUAGGCAUUUGGAAUAGAGAACAAGACUCUAUUUUCUUAGAAUUCACAACUGAAAAACUAUAAGAGUGCAUUGAUUUCGACUAAAUCGAUGGAUCAUAUUAUGCCAUAUAAUCAUAGCAAUAACAAGUAAUAGAUAACCAAUUUGUUUCCAAAUGUAGAGAAACAAUAUUUGAAAUCAAGUGUUUAAUUAGGAGGAGAGUUAAAAGAGAUCAAAUUGAAGACUCCGCAUGAAGAUGUUGACGAGUUCCCAAAGAGUUCAAAGGGAUAGCCAUCACCUAUUAGAGAGUAUCCAUUAAGUGAUGAUUUCAAUAACACAAACUUUGAGAAAACAAAUACAAAUAUGAGGAGAGGGUUCUAGCCUUUUAAAGUGUACGAUGAAGAAGAAACAAAAUAAAUUGUUUAAAAGUAUUUUUAGAAAGGGAAUUUUUGA